GUCAGCAAUGGCUAUCACGUAUGCUUUCAUUAGUAGGGCCGCUGAACUGUCAAAUACAGCCUGAAACACGAACUCGUGGACUCUUCUACAUUUUAUUCUGUAGGAGCUUGACUUGCCAUCUCAUCCUCUUGGAUGAUGUCGAUCUGUCUGUCACAACUCGAAAUCGAAUCCUCGCUUAGCCUCACCUCUUCCAACUUGGCAUUCCCAGCCCCUGAAAUCCGAACUCUCGCCUUCAUCAGCGGCAAAGCAGCCAAGUGCAGUGGAUAAAAAGCGCUCCCUGUACUGUAACCACGCCCAAGAAAUACCUCGUACAGGACAUCGGCAGGGGCAAAGUCAGUAGGGGCAGGGGAAGAUUGGCGGUAAUUGGUGAGUAAGACUUACGCGCAGUGGUUGGAUGGUGCCCGCAGCCAAGGUCCUUGGUAGCAGCCGCCAACGGUGGCGGAGCACGUUUCCAGCAGGGAGCAAGCAGGGCCAGCACUAAACCUCAUCAACUCCAAGAACUCUCCAAGAACCUCCAAGAGCCUCCAAGACCCAGGCUUGCUCCAAGCGGACAGCCAUCUAAAAUUAUUGCAAACCGGGGAGUUCUCAGUAUGGAUAUGAUGAGCUCUUGGAGGCUCUUGGUUUCUUGGUUGAGACCAUAUCAGCUCGUGGCUGGCCAUCUAAGGUUUUUCCUUUCCUUUCCUUUCCUCUCUCUCCUCUUGUUUGUUUGAUGUGAUCUAUCUUUCAAUUGAAUUCUUCGUCCCUUCAUCAAACGUGCCAUCAUUCAUCCUGUAACCGGAUCGAACUUCUCUUCACUCGUUCAGAGAGUAGUUCCGGCAUUCUUAUUCCAUUAUCAUCUUUCGCUCCCCUUCUAAUUAUUUCCCCUAUCUUUGUUCACACGCGCUUUCAAAAUGAAGAUCACAGCUGUUGUGGCAUCGCUCGCUGCGGUUGCCCUUGCUACUCCCACAGUUAAUCUCGAGGCACGACAGACUUCUUCUGGUGCCCUCCCAACAGUUACAGUAAAGGGAAAUGCAUUCUUUGCUGGGGACAAGAGAUUCUACGUCCGUGGUGUCGCCUACCAACCCGGUGGAGCAGCGGAUGCAGCAGACCCCCUCAUUAACAUCCCCAACCUCAAACGCGAUGUAGCCAACUUCAAGAAGCUCGGAAUCAACACCAUCCGCGUGUACACAGUCGACAAUUCCGCCUCCCACGAUGAAGGUAUGAAGCUCUUGGCAGACGCUGGCAUCUACCUCGCUUUGGAUGCAAACACCCCCGACUUCUCUCUCAACCGUCAGAACAACCAAACUCUCUUCCAGUCAUACAACGAGAACUACCUCCAAAGCAUCUUCGCCACUAUCGAUGCUUUCCAAAAGUACUCAAAUCUUCUCCUCAUCAUCAACGGAAAUGAGGUUAUCAAUGAGCGCAACAAUACCAUUGCUGCGCCAUAUAUCAAGGCUCUGCAACGAGACAUGAAGGCGUACAUCUCGGCCAGAAAAUACAGAAAUAUCCCUGUUGGUUAUGCCGCUGCAGAUGUUGCCGAGAACGUCGACCAGCAACUUGCUUACUUUGACUGUGGACCUGAUGGCGUUCGUGGAGAUUUCUUUGCCUUGAACGAUUACUCCUGGUGCGACCCAAACACUUUCACUGGAGCCGGAUGGGACAAGAAGGUUGAGCGCUACACUGGAUACGGAGCUCCUAUUUUCAUGGCCGAAUUUGGUUGCAUCACCAACAGACGUGACUGGAAUGAAGUCGCAGCCCUGUACAGCAGCAACAUGACAUCCGUCUACUCUGGCGGUCUCGCAUACGAGUACACCACCGAAGCCAACGGCUUCGGCUUAGUCUCCACCACCAACGGAAACGUCGCCCCCAACGCAGACUUCACUCGUCUCGAGGCCGCAUACAAGAAGACCCCCAACCCAGAGGGCGACGGAGGAUACAAUCCCACCACCACCGCAUCCGAGUGCCCGCCUGCCAGCGACGACUGGGAAGUCACCAACGACCUGAUCCCAGCCAUGCCUGCUCUUGCCCAGAAGUUCAUGGAGAAUGGUGCUGGAAAAGGACCUGGACUCGGCGACAACGUCACUCCCAGUCAGUAUGGAGGAGAAUCGUACUCGGCUGGUAUGGUUGAGAUGGACGGUUCAGCAGCAAGCAACAGCGGUAGCGGUUCCGGCACCACCAGCGGCUCGUCCACUUCAUCCUCUGCUGCUGACAAUGUUGUCAUCCCACCAUUCAUGAUGAUGCUCACGAUCCCCGUCUUUGUCACCGUCGGUGGUGUCCUAGCUGGAAUGGGAUUGGUGUUGUAAGGUUGAGCUGUACUCGUGUUGAUUGCUUUGUUCUUUGCUUGAAAAACAUGUGUGCGAUUGAGCACCUGUAUAUAGAAUCCAUUCCUUAUGUCAAAAUACACUUCCAAUCAUGGUCUGUGUGCUGUAUUUCCAUGCAUAGUUGGUGUUUGUUGGGUUCUGAGGUCUGGGAGUACUAGAAUGUCAAAUACUCCAUCUCAAAUAGUGUUGAGUUUUGAGGCUUCACUUUUCGACUAGGAGUGGCAUGUGCUAAUAACGAUCGUUGGCGGGUGUCAAACUAAGCUGUACAUCCUCUUUUGCCCACUAUUUGAUCUUGUGCUUCACGACACUACUUCCUGUCUUGAUCUCGAAGUCCGAGACCUAGAGAUUUACUGGCGGCUCGAGAUUCACUUCUCCAAUUAACGAAAAUUAAG